GAGUUUUAAACUAUUUUCACAACUACAAUUAAAUACAUUUAUUUAGAUAACAUGCUAUGAGUUAUCCUGUGUCGGUGAUGAAGAACUCGCACGCCAUCGACAGCCACUUUAGAGAUGUUUUACAACCCCAACACACCAACGCCUUAGCAAGAUAUGAGAAAUACGAAAAUAAGCAAAUACGAGAUGAAGAAGAUACUAACAAGACAUUGCAUCAGCGGAUACUGAACAGUAAGCAAAAGAAGCCACCUCAUUUGGGCGGCAAAACGAAAGAUUUCCCCCCGGAAGCGUACAUGAUACCCGGAAACUAUCAGAGGGGAUACUACGUCCAGCAACAGGCAGACGCAGCUGGUCAACAACAACAGCAACAACAACAACACUACCAACACCAAAUUCCUGGAUAUUACGGACCAGGGAUUCCCAACCAGCCGAGUCAUCAUCUGCCCAACAACCAACAAUCCCAGCUCCUCAACAAUCACCUUCCUGGCCAACAAGCUCCCCACCUCAACAACCAGCCUCACCUCAAUAUACCUAACGGCGCGCGUCCUCACCCUGCCCAAAACCAACAUCCAGCUCAGAACCAACAUCCAGUGCAAAACCAACAUCCAACACAGAAUCAACAUCCAGUGCAGAACCAACACCCGGGACAGAAUCAGAGACAGCAUCCCCAACAGAACAACACCAACCAACAACACCUGAACAAUAAUCACCACCAGUUGACGAACAGCCACCACCAAAACGGAGGACAACAACACCUGCAGAACGGACAACAUUUACAGAACGGCCAGGCCCACUUGAACGGACAACAUCUGCCGAAUAAUAACCAUCUGAACAACCAAACUGUGACGUCACAACACCAGAUCAACAACUUACAACUUCAGGUGCACAAUGUAAAGAUGCAGCCUCAAGUUAUGUCACAGUUACCCGAAUCAGCGGCCCCUGUUUCUGCCCCUGAACAUCAAGAUAUCAAACCGAAGAACAAGAACAAGCGAUCUCCGUCUCCCAAUAAAUCUCUCGAAAAUGCCUCCAAGAAACCAAACUAUGGCAUCGAUGAUUUUAACGGAGAGGACGUAGACGCAAUAAUCAGCUCACUGCUGGACGAGAGUCAGGACAUAACAGAACUCUGUCUGUUUGACGAUGCCACUGAAUGGGGGGACCACAAGAACACCUCAGGAGAGGAGACAAAACCUCAACCUCAACCAGUUGAGAAGAAUGUUGAACCCUCCCCGCUCAGCAAGGUGCCACCCCCAAACGUGACCAUCUCCACUACGAACAUGAGUACGGGACUCCAGAAAGGCCCCUUACCCCCGACCCCUUCUAACCCUAUCAACGGACAGACCCCUCCUAAAUCCCUGCCUGUCAGUCAGACCCCUAACGUACAGAUCACACAGCCGAGUGUCCAGCUAACACAGCAGACCCCUCUGCAGAUGUCCCAACCUCCCAGUGUUCAGUUGGUUCAGCCUUCUAAACAGAUGGGCCAACCUGCCAUGCAGAUGUCCCAGCCAAACAUGCAGAUGUCCCAGCCAAACAUGCAAAUGUCUCAGCCCAACAUGCAGAUGGCUCAAUCAAACAAGCCUAUGGGUCAGCCCAACAAACAGAUGGUUCAGCCUAACAAGCAGAUGGUUCAGCCGAGCAUGCACCAGUUCAACCAGGCAAAUGUUCAGAUUUCUGCAGCUCGAUCGUCGCCCAAAACUCAGAUCUCGCAGAACCCCCCUCUGGUUUCUCAGGCGCCGCCCCCCUACACACAAAGCAAUGGAAUGUUGCCUGGUAACCUGGAUUCUCAGACAACCGCCGCGCAACAUCUUCCCCCUAACAUCGCUCCUUCCACUUCCUAUCACAUGACGGUUGCUAUGACGACGAACAAGGGGUACACGAUUCAGCCCAGAUCUCCUCAUCUGCAGAUAGCUCAAGCUGGAACUAAGAUGAGUACCCAGUGCACUGACUCUGGUAUAACUGGAGCUAUACCAGGGGGUAUACCAGGGGGUGUAUCCGGGGGUAUACUCAACCGGGCUCAAGUUCCUAAUGUCACUGUUACUCCUGGCUACAAUCAGCCUCCUGGAAAUGGAGCUCUAGCCCCUGGCAACAUUCCAAACAUUCCAAACUUCCCUGCCGUACGACCAGUGGUGGAUGACCACGAUAAGUUAGCUAACAGUAAGCUGCUCCUCAACAAGAAACUCAAGGAGCAGGCUCGACAGGGUCAGUCUGAGAAGCAGCGUCAGAAGUUGGAAGAGUUCCACCGGACCCAGCAGCAACAAAACAUGAACAGAGCGACAUUGGAACAGCAACAGCACGCAGCCCAACAGCAACAGCAACAAGGCCAGCAAGGACAGUACCCUGGCAUGAACAUGCCUGGGCAUUACACUGAGGCUCAACAACAACAGUUCGCCAUGCAGCAGCCAAACUUUAACCAGAGGAACUACUACAUAAUGCAGCAGCAGGCGCAACAGCAGCAACAACAACAGCAACUGCAGAUGUACUACCAACAAAUGAGGCAGCACCAGGCUGCAGCUGCUGCUUCCGGCAACCCCGAGCAUCAUCAACAGCAGAUGGCAGCUCAACAUUCCAUGUGGGCCAGACAGCAAGCCAUGACCCCACAACAGCAACACGCUCUCCAGCAGCAACAGCAACACUAUUAUCAACAACAGAUGGCCAUCCAACACAUGUAUCAACAGAAAGCAAAGACUGAAGGUGUGCCAACGAAAGGAGAACCAAUGCAGUACCCUGGCAACAUGCCAAACUCUCGUAAUGUGGUAUGUGCACCGCCAGGAGGUGGGCGCUAUAUAAUGGCGCAGUCAGGGCAGCAGCCUGGACAGCAACAGUACGCCAUGUACCAACAGCAUCCUGGUCAACCACCCCACUUGGUUCCCUCUCAGCCCCAACAGCAGCAACAGCAACAGCAGCAGCAGCAGCAACAGCAGCAGCAACAGCAGCAACUCUCCCACCCCCACCAGAUCAAUAUGAUGUCCUCAGCGCACCACAUGGCGUCCCAAGGCAACCCCUUGUCCUCGCAGCAGGGUGUGAUGACGUCACAGGGUAUGAUGACGUCACAGGGUAUGAUGAUGACGUCACAACCCGAGCCGACGCUAACUCAGCCAACUUUAAACGAGGUGGCGAUUAAGACAAGCAGUUCUCCUAAGCUGGACAGCAGCAAGCAGAACGAACUAGAUAACGCUAUUUUGGACACUAACUUUAGUAGCGAUGAAAUUGAUAGGUUAUUUGAUAUGGAUCCGUUCUUAAAAUGAAACACAGGGAAUUAUUUUCUAGAGAAUCCAGCUAGCCAGCCUUAAUUCUUCCACCAAUUAGUUAAAUGUAGUGAAAUUUCGAAUUAGCCCGUUCAUCUAGAGCAACAGCCAGACAUUUCAAAAAAAUGUAAAGUUAUCCAGGCCUUCUCCGCUUUCCUCAGAGCCUUUCCAAAAGAUCUUACUGUAAACUCAAACUUGGGAAUAUGUCCUAUUUUCCUUCAAAACGUCAUCUGAUUGUAUCCUGAUAUUAAAAUUUGGUCCUUUUCUUGUCUCAGCGUGGGAUUUAUUUUUAGCUCUACUUUAUAUUACAACAAUGCGACUCAUAAAUAAUACUCCAAUCCGGAUUUUACAUGAACUUAUAUUAUAAGGUAGAAACAACUAGGUUAACAUCUCUAAAAAAGGAGUGAAGGAUGGCAACUGUUUCAAGUAAAUUAGAAAUUAGAAAGUGAUUAUGUUCCGAUUUUAUUCGAUGAAGACAAAAGAAGUACGCUUACAAGCAGUACAAUCCAAAAAUUCUUAGAUAAAAGUCAAUUUGUAAAAAUCAUUUAAAACGAAGUAUUUAUAUAAUAAAAAUUAUGUGGGGAUGCUAUUUCGUUUUUCCUUUUUUCUAUUUACACCGUGCUAGAUCAGAUAAACUUAUUUUAAUGCACUAUAACUAUUUAUAUAUGAUAUGUUUUUUAUUUUGUAAUAAAAGUCCGUAUGUGGAUCUGUGAGCGGUUUCAGUAAAUCAGUUUUUUGGCGAAAUUUAGCUUUUGAUUUUUUAAACUGUAGAGAAUCAAUAACAUUUCCAAUAUAAAGGGGAUAAAUUUCGUCAAAUUUCUGUAUUAUUUGUACCAAUUUACCUCACUCAAGUUUUUUGUGGUCGGCACUAUAAACUAUCUAUUGGAAUGUCAAUGUGUGGGUGAAUAAUAACAUUAUUAUGUAUUUUAUAAAGGAUUCAUGAAAUGAGUUUUAUGGUUUGAGAUUAUCUGAAUUCCCGGGACAUUUUCCCCGGCGAGGAGGCUGAAUAAUUUCAAGUAAUACAUGUGCUCUUUGAAUAAUUCAAGUUUGAACAUUUUUAGAGAAGUUUUGGUGCCUGUCUAUAUUACUAAUAUAACUUCGCUUGCGUAGAAUAGCAUUCCGAUUGAAAUGGUAAGAUGUAGAAUGUGUUGUGUUUAUAACGAAGGUUACGUAGCUUGGUCCACGUAUUAAACACCAGUGAAUUUGAAUUUGAAGAUUUAUUUGAUCGGUCUUUUGCCAUGAUUGUAAAAUUUUGGCUGUUAGAUCGACAAAAUCUAACGUUUGUAUAAGACUAUCGCAGAAAAUUAUGGUUGAUUUAGGCUGUAAUCAGUGAGAAAAUUUUAUUUGGCAUGGAUUUUUAAGUUCUGAACUUUAGUACGCAUCAAUCUCUCUUGAGUCUUGAUGUUCACAGGGGUUAUUCAUAUUUUCUAAUCGAAUAAUUUUUACGUUCGAGUACUCUGAUUUAUUUCUAGGAUAAGUAGGUCCGUUGAAUUUCAUAUUGCCUGUUGCACUUAUCACUUGUUCGAGCGUGCUGAUGCCACGUGUCCGUGUCAUCACGUGUUCUUGUACCAGUUCUGUCUGUGGGACAGAUCAGUCAGUGUCACUGUUCUGUUAUAAUUAUACAAGCCCUGUUUAAAUUUAAAAUUGAACUUCUUUUCCCGAUUACUAUGGUUUAUACAACUGCUGACAGCAAAAUUUUCACAAUUAUUGUUAAUUUAAAUUUGAUUGUUGUAACUUAUAAUAAAUUAAUGUGUAUAAAAGUGUUUCUAUUUGUUAUCAGGCUUAUUUAAAUAUGGCCUGUCUUUUGCAUGAUUCGUGAAUAUCAUGUGUGACUUGUUU